GGAACUUGAAAUGAGUCAUUCUGUAGUCGCUUCCUUGAAUUGUUCCGUGUCCAGUCUGCUUGUAUAUGUUGAUGUGGAUUAGAUAUCUGUCGCUAUGGGUAGAUGUGCGUGGUUCCGUUGCUGUAAGAGGGAUGUUGAACUGGGAUUGUCAAGUGCAGAGCCAGAGGGCAGUGAUAAUGAAGGCUUCUCCCAGGAAUGGUUUGAUGAGAACUGUGGUUUUAUUUACCCAAGACAAGAAGCAGAAGCGUUGCCGCUACAGCAGCUACGAAUCGAACAAGAGAUCCAAGAACUUGAAGAGGCCCAAGAACCACUGCCGUUCAAUUGCCACGAGAUCCCAAACAAAGCAUCUCCACCUUACUUUCCACCAAGGCAGACCUCCAGAAGCCUGCUAGCACCUAUCCCCAGUGUGUCACAUAUACUAUUGGGAAAACAGGACUUCACCAAGGAAUCUCUCUUCAUUCCUUCAACAGCUGAGGAACUUACUUCACUGACUCUGAACAUGAUCAGUUACUUGUAUAAGGUGCUCACAUUUAGUGGUGAUAUAGAGCAUACAGAAGUUCUGCCUGUAUGUUAUGACAGAAAUUCUGUUCCCACGUGUGAUGUUCAAAGGUCUAGCAGAAGGAUAUUUAAGAUAUUGGUUUUUGAUUUAGUAAAAGACAUGGUAAAAGAAGCUUAUGGCUGGACAAGGGAGACCCCAAGUGCACCAUGGGAGUGGCCUGCCUUCUCACAUAAGAGAAGUAAACCACUCCCAAGAUCCAAGGAGAUGUUGCAAGAUGUGAUCUUGAAGCAAGUGCUUGUUCUGUUUGGCUUUGUACCUGAAGCAUAUAAAGAAAAGCUUGUCAUUCGGUGGAGUUGUAAGGAGAGAGAUUAUAUAGACAAAAUUCUCAUCAAGGAAUGUCAUGAGGAGGAAUCUGCAUGGACCAAUUAUGAUGAAGAUGAAGUGACUGUGAAAAAUGAAAUAACAUUAGGAAUUUUGGACUCCUUACUUUACGAGACUGUGCAAAUAAUUUUACAUGCUAGGAAGACAAAAUAUAAAAAGUCGUAUGAACUAACACUGACAUAGCUGUUUCUAGUCAUUUCCAGAUAUAAGGUUGUGAGCAACAGAUGUUUACUGAAAAUACCAAAGAAAUCAUCACAAAGAUACUUUCAUUCUGGCUGUCAUUUCACUACUACUACAUCAGGGCUGUCCAUUUUAUAUGGUCUUUGAAGAGUGACACUGUGCCUUUAGCAACUAAAUAAUCAUAAGCAAAAGUGUAAAAUGGUGGUACAAAAUAUUUUUAUACUAAAGUGAAAUACAAAAUGAUUCCUCAGAAAGAA